AGAGGAGAGAAUGCUGCUCCUUUUUAUUUCUUUAAUCACCAUGCGGGCUCCGCAAUUCGAUUUGUACACAGCAGGGGACGAACCAAACUUUUGUUCGACUUGUUCGAUCUCCGUAAAUCGAUGUAGCACUGGAGCUGCCCUGAUUUAGGUGUUCUUAGCAAAUCCAUUUUGUCAAAACUCAUAAUUUUGACUGCUUCGAUGCUUGCUACGGAAGAGAGUGGCGUCGCAUAAAAGGGCCGACCCGACCAAACCGAACUCCCCCGACGGAGACCAGAACAGGCACCAAACGCAACCAUUUCCCACCAACCCUCGCGAUUCGCAGAUGGAGGGCCUCAUCCCGCUGCUCUACAAGGCGAUCAAGGACCGGCGGAGCAACGCCGCCGUCGGAGGCGGCGGCGGCGGCGGGCGGGCCUACGACGCCGGCGGCACGUCCGCGCCCGUGGACCUCGAGGACCCGGAGCAGAGGCGGCGGUGGCUGCAGCAGGAGCUGCGGUCCCCGGUCCACGCGGCGUCGGCGUCGGCGUCGUCCGCGGCGGCGGAGGGCCCGCCGCCGCACCGGCGGAACCUGUCGCUGGAGGAGCUGGCGGGCGAGGUGGGGCUCUCGCACGACCGGCGGCUGCGCGUGCCGCUGCCCAAGGCCCGGAGCGUCCGCGCCUUCGCCUGCAUCGGCGCCGCCUGACGCCGCCGGCCGCCUGCGCACGCAGGCGUAGUGCGUAGGCGUACGUUAAUCAGGGUCCGUUCGGGAGCACAGCGAGUUCGUCAAGUUGCGCAAGGUAUGUAUACAGAUGUGGACAUGUGUGUUGAGAACUCCAGAUUGUAUGUAGACAAAGUUAGUAAUUGCCUUUCUGCUUCUUACGUU